CAAAGGUAAGGCUCGUAAGCUCCCGGGAAGGCUAAACGUGAUGUCAGGAGCAUACCAGUCAUAUACAGCACGGUGUACACGGUAAUGAUUUUUUUAAUCGACUUUUAAAAUCCAUCUUCUGAAGAUCUAAGAUGAGUCCAGUUCUGCAGAGCCCCAACUCUGGACCAUAUACAAGUGUAAAAUGGGAAAGUAGUGCUCCACCAGACCCUGUGAGCGAUCCUCCAAGAUGGAAGAAGGUCCUGUAUGAACGGCAGCCCUUUCCAGACAAUUAUGUUGAUAAGAGAUUCCUGGAAGAACUGAGGAAGAACAUCUAUGUGCGACGUUAUAGCUACUGGACUGUGGUCUUUGAAUCGGCCAUGGUCAUUCAGCAGCUGUGCAGCGUCUGUUCCUUCUCCGUUAUUUGGUGGUACAUGGACCAAGAUCUUCUCUCCCCUCAGAAGCUGUGUGGGGUUGGUUUGGCCUUCACGCUGCUUGGUUACCUUCUCUUUGAUGCCGUUGACAAAGGUGCAGGCCGGAAGGAAUGUGGUCGGACCCGCUGGGAUGACUUAAAGAGUUCUCUGGUGUUUAUAGCAUUUACAUAUGGUUUCUCUCCUGUACUGAAGACCUUGACGGAGUCAAUCAGCACAGACACCAUAUAUGCCAUGUCUGUUCUGAUGCUUAUAGGACAUCUUGUCUUCUUUGAUUAUGGAGCCAAUGCGGCAGUUGUCUCAAGCACUGUGUCAAUAAAUAUGGCGAUUUUUGCUUCCGUGUGUCUGGCUUCCCGACUUCCCCGCUCCCUCCAUGCUUUUACCAUGGUGACCUUUGCCAUCCAGAUUUUUGCCCUGUGGCCCAGUCUACAGAGAAAACUAAGGGCUUACACUCCCCGUACAUAUAUUUGUGUGACAUUUUUUUUUGCUUUGUUCUCUGUGGCUGGACUGUUGAGUAUAUCUGGAGUCGGGGCCCUUCUCUUCUUCCUGCUGCUGAUGUCAGUGGCGUUUCUAUGUCCAUACUGUUUAAUCAGGUUACAACUCUUCAAAGACAACAUUCAUGGACCUUGGGAUGAGGCAGAAAUCAAGGAAGACCUUUCUCGUUUUCUUGAUUAAUUGUUUAUAAAAUGUAUAUUUCACAUUGUUUUUAAAUGUAUAUAUUUUAAUUUAAUGGCAAGUGAAGUGUUCAAGUCAUUGGAGAUGUAAGAUGGUCGGGUUUUUAUCAAAAUAAAUGUCUUGCAUU